GAGAAGCGACAGACUGGGGUGGCAGCCGUCUGGGAAGGACAAGGAGAGACAGAGAAAAACUGAGAUAUAAAGACUAGUCCCAUCCUGAUCCAUGAAAGAAGCCAUGCCAGUCCUCUCUGCAGGAGCAGGGUUGCAUGAGACACUUGCCCUGCUGACCUCACAGCUGCGUCCUGAUGCCAAUCACAAAGAGGAGAUGGUCUUCCUUAAGGACGUAUUCAGUGAGAGAAGUCUCAGCUACCUUAUGAAGAUUCAUGAGAAGCUGCGUCAAUAUGAAAGGCAGAGUCCCACCCCAGUUCUUCACAGUGCCUCCACUCUAGCAGAGGAUGUUGCAGAGGAGUUGCAGAGUGGACCAAUGAAUGUUGAGGAAAAGGAGCUCUUACAUCUGCUGACAUCGCCACAUCUCAAGGCCGUUUUGUCAGUUCAUGACACAGUGGCGCAGAAGAACUUUGACCCAGUGCUGCCUCCUCAGCUUGAUGACUUUGAUGAUGAUCUAGAUGAGGAGUCUGUCAAGAUCGUCCGCCUGGUCAAAAACAAAGAACCACUGGGUGCCACUAUUCGGCGGGACGAGUCUACAGGGGCCGUGAUUGUAGCUCGUAUCAUGAAGGGAGGGGCUGCAGACAGGAGUGGUCUGGUGCAUGUAGGCGAUGAACUAAGGGAAGUCAAUGGCAUCUCUGUAAUGCACAAGAGACCAGAUGAGAUCAGUCAACUGCUGUCUCAAUCACAAGGCUCUAUAACACUGAAGAUAAUCCCAGCAAUCAAAGAGGAGGGCAAGCUGAAAGAGAGCAAGGUCUACAUGCGGGCACUCUUUGACUACAUUCCAUUGGAGGACAAGGCCACGCCCUGUCAGGAGGCGGGGCUUCCGUUUACACGUGGAGACAUACUGCAAGUGGUCAGUCAGGAUGAUCAGACAUGGUGGCAGGCCAAGAGAGUGGGAGAUAGCAACCUGCGUGCAGGACUCAUCCCAUCCAAACUGUUUCAGGAAAGGCGGUUUGCCUACAGAAUCAAAAUGGGCAGUCUUCCAAAUCCCAAAUCUACAAAAACAGCUGUCUAUGACCAGGGAUGUGAUAAAGAGGACUGUGACUGUGAGGGCUAUUUCAAUGGACAGUACAUAGCUGGUUUGCGGAGAAGUUUCCGUCUAAGUCGGAAAGAUCGUCGUGGUUCUACAGGAGAGGUCAUUGUUUCUGACAAGAAUGAGACAGAGUUCCUGACCUAUGAAGAGGUGACACGCUACCAGCAGAGGCCCAAUGAGAGGCCACGAUUAGUAGUUCUCAUUGGUUCUCUGGGAGCACGCAUCAAUGAGCUGAAGCAAAAAGUAAUUGCAGACAAUCCCCACUGUUAUGCAGUGGCUGUGCCCCACACCACACGGCCCAAAAAGAGUCAUGAAAAGGAGGGAGUGGAGUACCACUUUGUAACCAAGCAGGCCUUUGAUGCUUAUGCACAAAAUAGCAAAUUUAUUGAGUAUGGAGAGUAUAAGGAGAAUCUGUAUGGUACCAGUAUAGAAGCCAUCCGUUCUGUUCAAGCCAAGAACAAGAUGUGUCUGGUGGAUGUACAGCCUGAGGCACUGAAGACCCUGCGGACAGCAGAGUUUAAGCCUUAUGUCAUUUUCGUAAAACCAAGAAUCCCAGAGAGCCGCAGACGCCGCAGUGCUGGCACAUCAUCAGGAGGGGGUGAACAUGGGCGAAUCACAGAGGAGGACCUGCAGGAAAUGCGUCUGUCGGCACAGCAGAUAGAUCAGCAGUACGGUCACCUGGUGGAUCGAAUACUGAUUAAGGAAGACACAGCCAGUGCCUGUGCAGAACUACGUAGCAUCCUGGAGAGAUUGGAACGGGAGACCUUCUGGGUUCCUGUGAGCUGGGUCAAGGCCUAGGACCCCCCCUGUACUCCAAUCCAGACUAUUGACCAAUACGCCUUGCAGUGCUGGGCUUCUUUUUCUUCAAUUCUGUGCAGACUGACUGCACUGGGCUUGCCAUCUCUACAUGGGUCUCCAAGGGGAGGGAGUUUUAGAUUAGCAUAAAGAGAGUGUGAAUGUCUUAAUACAGAUUUUGUUUCUGGUCUGGGACAUGCAGUCACAAAUGCACUUACAUGAAUUAAUGAUCUAAUUUAUUUUUUUAAUGACAUUGGUUAUUUAUUAUUUGGUUUAUAAUGUUAUAUGAUUUGUGUGUUGUUUGUUUUUUUGACACUUUGUGGCUUUCUUUUUAUUAUUUAAUAUGUUUCAAUAGACUGUUCACUAAAGAAAUAUUUAAGAUAGAACAAAAAUGAAAUCAGUGUCAGAUCAUAUUAUCAGGGAGGCGAAACGUUAACCUUUGGCUGUGGAAUGUGGUUGUCAUGGCAAUGACAGUGUUCUUCCGAACUCCUCAUAAAAAAAAGAAAAAAAAGAAGAAAAAAAAAGGAAAGUGGCACUUCUGGGAAAUGUAAAUGUUGAACUGUAAAUGUUUGAACAAUGCAUAUCAAGCUGCUCUCUUGCAAUGCACACCCAUAUAGGGAUUUUUUUUUUUUUUUUUUUUAGCAACUACUUCAGUUUGUAAUAGAAAUAAGGUUCUCUUUAAAGAGCAUGAGUGAUAAAUCUUUAAUCCUUUCAGAAGAAAAUAUUAAACUCCUGCUGUGCCAACAGUCUCAGUGCACAUAGCUUUUCAUCUUGACAGCAGAUUUUCUUUAUUUUGAAGAUUGCAAAAUACUAUGCCAAAGCACUUAAGCUGCACAAUAUGUACAUGUGUUAAAGGGUUGUUACCAUAGGUUUAGCUGAACUGAGACCCCCAGGCUUCUUAUUUUAACACUAGACAUAGAAUUGUGAAUAAAUGGUUAGAAGUUAAACUCUGGUUUUAAAGUUAAAUGGAAGCAGUUCAGUGUGUAUAUAUUACAACUGCAUCAUGAGCUCAAGUGUACCUGUUUUUUUUUUUUUUUUACUUUCACAUUUGCAAUCUAUCCAGAACUUUUUGCCAUUUCCCAA